UUACUUCAACUAAUAACACAAUAUUUCCUAUAUAAGGAAACCUUAAGCUUCAUUGUCUUUCUAUUCUAUUCCUGAGCUCAUCAUUCUCUAUCUCAGCAUGGCUAGCAGCCAUUUUCUCCUACUUGUUUUAGUUCUUUGUGUUUUCUCGGUUUCUGCUGAUGUGUUCGUGAGCCUCGAUUGUGGGUCAUCAGAAACAUACACUGAUAUUGAAAAUUUCAUAGUUUGGUUAGGAGAUGAAGACUACAUGAGCAAUGGAGAAUCCUAUGUUGUACAAUCCAACAACUCAGUAUCCCACAUAAUGGACACACUUAGAGUGUUCACAAGCAGGAACAAGAAUUGUUACCUAAUUAAAGUCGAAAAGGGUGGACGAGUUUUAAUUCGAGCUAGCUUUAACUAUGGAAAUUACGAUGGAAAAUCAAAUCCUCCAUCAUUUUCACUUCAAUUUGAUGGGAAUGAUUGGGCCAAUGUGAAAACCAUGAGUGAUCAACUUGUCUACUAUGAGACAAUUUAUGUUGCUAAGGGAGAAUACCUUAGUGUAUGUCUUGCUCAGACAGUGGCUGAUCAGUUUCCUUUUAUAUCAGCACUUGAAGUUCGUAGUUUGGGUUCUACCAUGUAUGAUCAUGUUGAUGAUAAUCAUCCUUUGUUCUUGAACAGAAGAAUUGCUUAUGGUUCUAACCAAACUAUCAGGUACAUAGAUGAUCCCUAUGAUAGAUUAUGGGUGCCUGGAAUUCCUGGAAAUUCAUUAGUAUCACUCACUAGUGAUGCCACAGACAUUGACACCACUCAUGAAGAUCAACCCCCACAAGAAGUGUUACAAAAUGCAAUUUCCACAGCCAAUAUAUCAAAUUUCGUAACACUGAACAUGAGAUUUCUUCCCAUUGAUAAUGUUCCAAUCUACAUGAACAUGUACUUUUCUGAAGUGACUCAACUUGGUCCCAACCAAACAAGAUCCUUUAGGAUUUUCAAAGACACUGAGUCUUUUUCAGACCCAAUUUUGCCACCUUAUGGGAGUUUUACUCAAUUGUUUGUUAGCAAUCUUACUGUUUCUCCAAACACUACAUUUUCUAUUGUGCCUACAACAAAUUCUACACUUCCACCUCUUAUCAAUGCCUUGGAAAUAUUUAUAGUUGGAGAUGCGUUGACUGAUGGAACAAACAGUCAAGAUGUGGAGAGCUUAGUAUCACUGCAAAACGAAUUUGAAGUAUUACAAGACUGGAGUGGUGAUCCUUGUCUUCCAUCACCCUUUACGUGGGAUUGGCUUAAUUGUAGCAGCAAUGAUCCACCUCGAAUUACAGCACUGUACUUGAAUGGCUUCAAUCUGUCAGGAUCACUUCCAGAUUUUAGUUCCAUGGAUGCUCUUCAGACAAUUGAUUUGAGUGACAACAAUUUGGAUGGACGUAUUCCUGAUUUCCUUGGCACCUUACCAAAUCUUAAAGAACUGAAUUUAGCAAACAACCAGUUCAGUGGAGCAAUACCUGAUUCAGUGUCAAACAAGAAUGGCCUAACCAUAGAUAUUUCAGGCAAUUCAGACUUGUGCAGUACAUCUGAUGAGUCUUGCCAGACCACUGAUUCAUCAUCAUCAGGAGAUCAGCCAGCAACUCGAUCCGCUAAUAAAUCGCCAAAGAAUAAGAAUAGAAAGAAGAAAAACAAUCUGCCUAUAAUACUGGGUUCUACAAUUCCAGCCUUCUUCCUUAUCUGGGCUAUUGUGGGUAUUUUUGCUAUUUUACACUACAGAAGCAAAGUGGCUACUACAUCUGCUGUAAACCCAGGGCAAACCAGUGGAGGCAACACCCCUUAUGGAGGAGCACAAGGAAAUAAUGUAGAUAAUAUUCAAAUGGCUGACAAGUUUGAUAAGGAUCCUGAGGUUGCUGGCCAACAUGAGAGCUCAACAAAUGUAUAGAUUAUCAUGUAUGUCUUAAUUCCAACAGGAAAAAAUAAUGCAAGGGUUAACUAUACAUAUGUUAGAAAUGUUAAAUUAAUUUAUUCAGUUGGUAAAUUUAUUCAGUUGGCUAGCAAGAAAAUAAUGCAUGUAAUGUGUAAGGUUUUGUUGUAAUUAAGGUUUUUGUUGUUUUGGAAUCGUAGUAA